AGGGUCAGUAUAUACCGGUCACACUGUUAACGUCGCUUUUUCCAAUUUUUAAUUUUCCUCAGAAAUGUCCUUUUUUCGCGGUGUAGCCUGUGCUCUGGUGCUUGCCAGGCCCCUCAAUAGUGUGCGCACAGUGCAAACACGCCGUCACAUCAAGCGCUGGGUCGCGCCGACGUUACGUGAACUCGCGCAUCGCCAACAGAAACAAGGACCCCAGAAGCCGGAGCCCCGCGCCGGCUAUGUCGAGUGGAACUACCGGUCGGAACUGUUUGCCUUUGGCAAGCGACUGGGCGAGAACUUUGAGCUGCCGCUGCUGCAGGAGGCCUUCACGCAGCGGUCGUAUGCCCACCGGGAGGAAGAGAAGCAGCGAAAACUGGGCAUUGAAGAAGCGGAUCUAAAAAUAUCCGAUAAUCGUCAGUUGGCCAAGAUGGGUGGCCACAUUGCCAGGGCCUAUGUGGAGGCCUUUCUGAAACAGUCGCUGCCAAAGGUUCCAAGGGAAGGACAGGAUGCCAUUGCAAGCUAUUUGUUGAGCACAGAGACACUGGCCAAUGUGUCGUCGCAUCUGGGAACCAAAGAUCUCAUCUUCACCACAGAAUACCCGCCUUCCCCCGAGAGCCUGGCUGAAUCCCUUCAGGCGGUGAUUGGAGCUCUGGCAGAUUCCAGUGGCGUAGUGCGGGCCUUCCUGUUCGUCAGAGACUUUAUCUGCACGCAAUUGAACCAGAAGGAUAUGCUGGAUCUGUGGACACCCAAGCAGCCACUGCAAUUGCUCGACGAGAUCUGCCAGCAGCGUAAACUGGGGGAGGUGGAGCCCCGUCUGCUGGGGGACUGCGGCAAAAACACAGUACUGGCUGCUUAUCACGUGGGUAUCUACGCAAAUCGCCAGCUGCUGGGCAAGGGCUUUGGCGAGGAUGUAUCGACAGCCACAGAAACGGCGGCUUUGGAUGCGCUGCAAAGUCUCUUCGAUAUCCACGACAACCGCAGUCCCUUUGACUUUGGCCUCCAGGUGGAGACCAAGAAUGUGAGACUGGGCGACUAAGAAGAGAUUGGGCUGCUGUUCUGCAUUACUGCCUCUUUGUUAAUUAAUAUAAUUUGCACUAUCCACAUGUACUUUCUGAAUUGGCGUCAAAAUAAGAUUGUGUCUUUAAAAUCA